AUGUCAAUUGCGAGAAAGUUUAAAGGGCUGAAUAUCAAAGGCCACAGGAAAUCGAUGGUAGUGAGUUCCAAAGAGAAGCAGUUCGGGGUUUCUAAAACCAUUGAAACCGAGGAGAAAAGCCCACAAUCACCGUCUCUAUCUGAAGAACAACGUGCCAAAAUUGAACAGAAUCGGUUAGAAGCCCUUGCUAAGCGCCAAAAGAGUAUCUCAAAUGGUUUGUUGGUGGAUGUUGGUGAUUCCUGGUUGAAACUUCUGGAACCAGAAACCAAAAAAGAUUAUUUUCAAUCGCUGUCAAAGUUUGUUGCUGCUGAGAGAAACAAGCACACCAUCUACCCUCCAGCUGAUGAAGUGUUUUCAUGGACUCAGUUGUGUCCCCUUAAGGAUAUUAAAGUCAUCAUUGUAGGACAGGAUCCCUACCAUGGAAAGAACCAAGCUCAUGGUUUGUGUUUCAGUGUGAAACCUGGAGUUAAAAUCCCUCCUAGUUUAGUGAAUAUUUAUAAAGAACUCUCAACUGAUAUUCCUGGUUUCCAAAUUCCAAACCAUGGAACACUUACAGGAUGGGCAAAACAAGGUGUCUUACUUCUCAACUCGUGUCUCACUGUCCGAGCUUCACAGGCUAAUUCUCACAAAGACCGCGGCUGGGAGGAACUGACCCAUGCUGUUAUCAGAUGGCUUAAUGAUAAAUCUUCUGCUCUUGUCUUUAUCCUAUGGGGAGCAUAUGCUCAAAAGAAAGGUGCUUUCAUAAGUAAGCAAAAACACUGCAUCCUGAAAAGCGCCCACCCAUCUCCUUUCUCGGCCAACAACGGGUUCUUUGGUUGCAAACAUUUCUCAAAAUGUAAUGACUACCUUUCAAAAAACAACAAAAAGACCAUCGACUGGAAAAAAGUUCUGUAAAUUUCUUUCAAAUCAUAUUUUUAGAAAAUAACUUCAAAGUUCAUUAGAGAAAAAAAAGCUUCAAGAUUUGAUGAGCUCUUUAAUUUGUUUUUAAAUUCAAAGUUUCAUUUUUAUCUUUAGUAACCAAUUUGCAUCUGUUAAAAGUCUUCCAUUUUUACCUCAUUUCAUAUCCAGUAAUUUCAUCAUUCCAACAACAUUAAUGGCUACUUCCAGACUGUUUCCUCUUUGCAUUUCCAUUGCAUCGAGUUGAGAAUCUUUCUAGCUCUCUCAAUCAGUUCUAAGUAACCCCUGGAUCUCCAUAUGCAUUGAAUCUUUUUAAUGGUGUCAUACAGUAUGUGUUUGUUAUUAGUUACAUUUAUGUUUGCAUGUGGACUUGUAGAGCCUUUCAUGAUUUGUACAAUUAAGUUAAUUGCCUUGAGUCCAAAUUUUGUUUGUUUGCAGAUGUUUUGUCACUUAAUGUCAAUAGUCAGAAGUAACCUAAGCUGACCUCUAAAUCACAGCCUCGACAACACAUCUAUGUUGAUCAUUUCUUAAAAACUCAAGGCAACUCCAGUAACACUUCAUUUGAUGUGUGAAUGUAAUAUAUAUAUAUUUGCAGGAUGGCAAGCUGGCAGAAUCGUUAGUAUAACAGACAAAAUACUUAUCAGCUUUUUGUUCUGAGUUCAAAUUCUGUCACAAUCGAAUUACCUCCUCACUGCUGAAAUUACUGGCCUUGUGCCAGAAUUUAAAAUAUGUAUAUUUGAGAGUGUAGGUACAGUAGUUGUGACUUUGUUUUACAAUUGUGUGGUUUGGGGAUUGAUUCUUCUGCAUGGUAUCUUGGUCAAGUGUCUUCUAUCAAGUGAAAUUUGAUAGAAACUGUACAGAAUCCCAAUUGUGUGUAUCUUUGCACCUGGGCUGCUGUGACACUAUGUCCUACAUAAUGUCUGGCAGCUUGGUUUUUAGACAUACAUAGAUGUCGAAUAAAAUACCUUACUUGAAAAAUUGUGGUUGGCAUUAGGUUAUCUAGUCACAGAAUAUUGCCUCGAGAAAUCUUGUCCAAUUAAUACUAGCAUAGAAAACUGGUACAAGAAAAAAAGUGUGUGUAUAUAUAUACACCACACAAAUUUCUCCUAGCUUUAGUCAUUGAGCUGCAACCAUGCUGUAGCACAACCUUUGAAAUUUUUGGUCAUACGAACCCCAGUAAUUAUUUUAGUCUGGUUCAUCUUUUAUUGAAUGUUAUUUGUCAAACUGCAAUUUUAUGAGACACAACAAAACCCUAUCAGACCUGGACUCCUGAGCAAAAAAAAUAAAUAGCUGCUUAUACGGCUCAAGAAUAAUAAUUGCAGGCAAACUAAUGGAUAAAAUCAGCUGUAUCUUUUUCUAUACAUGCUGUUAACUAAGAAUAUGGCAGGACAGAAUUAAUCAGUUAUUAGAUUGGUACAAACUUUAAAGUAAAUGUACAUCCACAAGCUUCUGUACAGUUUGUAGGUCAAAUCCCCCUUUAAAGUUAUUUGUUAACCUUGAGAAUCUCAUGGUUGCAAAAUAUAAUCCUUAACCCAUGAAGUCAUAGUUAUGCCUAUAUAUGUAUAUUUUAAUGUAAAUACGAACUCCUUAACCCUUUAAGGUUGGAUAUAAAUAGCAAGUCUUUUCAUGCAGGACGCAAAUUUAUAAAAAAAAAAGUGAUAAAUAGCUUAUAACACAAAUAUGGCUUAUAUACCACACUCAUCUUCAGAAUUUAGUGUCAGUAAGCAACACUCAGCCUCCUUAAAAGGUUGAUCAUAAAACCAUACUUGUACUUAGAUAUUUUACUCAGUUUUCCAAUACCAAACUCAUCAUCUAGGUUUCUAUGUUAAGAGAGUAACCCAAGACAGACUGCAACUUUUUUUUUUUUUCUUUGUGAAACAAAGCUUCAAAUGUUUUUCAGUUCUAACAUUUGAAUUUUCUAUUUUGAUAUAAAUAUUAAUUUUUUAAA